AUGGCGCCUCAACAAAAUCACCAGAACGUAUUAAUGAGCGACCAACACCGUCUUUCUGAACGGCUUCACCUGCUCUAUCACUUCGGGUACUCAGAUAUUGAUAUGCGUUACCAGGAUGUCGACCAUCUUAGUAAUAGGCAUAGGCUGAAAUGGUAUGACACCAAAUCCACCAUUCACAUUCUCGACACCAUCGCGGUCGCACUGACCACCGGCAGGCCCGGAGAUGUCUUCGCUGCUGCAUUCGACACCCGUGGAGGUGUCACGCUUGUCUUGGCAAAGGACGACUCUCCCACCGCUGAAGACGACCGGGCUCGGAUGGUGAAGAUGGAUGACGCUGUGCGCGAUUUCUCACAUGGCCUCGAGGAAGUCUCAAGGCACUACACACCUGUCUCCUCCAUCGACCUCUCCACGCUUGGUGAUCAUCAACUGAAGCUGCUCCGCAAGAGGCGCUUGGCCGUCCAGGACCCUAGGGUGGUUGGCUGCCACAUCGCCGAUGGAGAGCUCCGCAAUCUGUUGAGCACUUUAGGGGUGGGACCAGUACGAGCUAGUUCAGGGACCUUGAUACAAUCGCUCCAGAGUUCACCGCGUCUGAGCCCACAACGCAGUUGGGUGCUCCCAAAUAGUGCUGUGACAUACCAGAAGAUCUGCCCCACACGAGGCACAUAA